CUCAUUUUAGCAAGCAAUUUUGUUUAUAUUCACAUUAUUAUUAUUAAUUCAGGGGACGGGACUUCACACAGUUGCACGACACGGCGAAGAAGAAAACUGCUGCUCUGCAAAAGGAAAACGACAUUUCCAACUUCCAAGAUAAAACGGCGAUGGCGGUGGAAGUCGGAGGCGGCGGUCUAUCGGAGCUGUACUCCAGUUCGAAGCGUCUCUCUCUGAAGGUCAGGGAUGAUUUGGAGAGGCUCGAGCGCCUCGAAUUCACGUCGUCGUCGUCGUCCUCUCUGUCAUCGUCAACCGCCGCCGUCGAGGGGUCUUUCGAUGAUCGAGCGACUUCAAUUCGGAGAGACUUGAAUCAGAUCCAGUCGCUCUGUGCCGAUAUGGAUCGGCUAUGGCGGUCCAUAGCCUCCAAGCCUCAGCGCGAUCUCUGGAAAAGGAAAUUCAAGUAUGGAUUCGAGGAGCUUUCGUUAUUGAGCUUAAUUUCUGUUGAUUUUAUCUUGGCUUAUCGCCUGACUGGGAACUGUGAUUGCCGGAGCUUUGUCAUAUUAAGGCAAUUGGCGUGGAAAGUGGAACAAGUCAGUGAGGAGGCUGAGUCAUUCAGAGCUAGUCUGGAUAAAUACCAGGCGAGGCGUCAAAAGCGGAUACAAGAAGCUCAAGAGAGAGCAGAAUUACUUGGAAGAGCUAGUGGAGAUUCACAUGUUUUGAAGAUUUUUGAUGAGGAGGCACAAGCAAUGGAAUCAGUCCGCAGAUCAUCCAGAGUGUUAGAGGAAACUUUCGCGACUGGAGUUGCCAUUCUUUCCAAGUAUAGUGAGCAAAGGGAUCACUUGAAGAGAGCUCAAAGGAAAGCACUGGAUGUUCUCAACACUUUAGGGCUGUCAAAUUCCCUGCUGAGGCUCAUCGAGAGGAGAAACCGUGCCGACAAAUGGAUCAAAUAUGCAGGCAUGUUUGUAACAGUCGUGGUCCUCAUCGUGUUUUGGAGGUGGACAAGGUUGGAACUUCUGAUUAACAGUCCAGUUAACAUAAUUACAAGAUUUCCAGUUAUCUUUUUGAAAUUGAAAGUGACACCAAAUUAUAAUGGAGUUUUCUGA